AAUAAAAUGCCUAGAUCCAAACGUUCCAAGCUUGUGACAUUAGCUCAAACUGAUAAGAAAACCAAAGAAAACAAGACUCGUAUUUUCGAUGAAGUGAGAUCUGCCUUGGAUGAACACCAAUAUGUUUGGGUAUUACAAUUACAAGAUAUUAGAACACCAGUAUUACAAGACAUCAGAUCAGAUUGGGCCGGUUCAAAAUUAUUAUUGGGUAAACGAAAAGUAUUGAUCAAAGCCUUGGGUGAGACUCCAGCCGAUGAAUACCGUGAUAACUUACAUGAAUUAUCCAAGACCUGUGAAGAUGGAUUAAUCGGAUUAUUGUUUACUGAUGAAAAACCAGAUGUUGUUGAUGGAUACUUCAAGGCAUAUGUUAAACAAGAUUAUUCUCGUGCAAAGACCAAGUCUCCAAUAGAUUUCACCAUCCCUGAAGGUAUAGUUUACUCUCGUGGUGGUCAAAUACCUAUUGAAGAAGAUGUCCCAAUGUCCCACUCGUUAGAAGAAACUUUAAGAAAUAAAUUAAAAGUACCAACCAAGAUCAAAUCAGGUAAGAUUGUUCUUGAAGCACCAUACACUGUUUGUCACAAGGGUGAUGUGUUAGAUGUUAGACAAGCUUUAUUAUUGAAACAAUUUGGGGUUGCUGGUUCAGAAUUCAAAGUUGCUACUAUUGCUUACUAUGAUAGAGAUAGUUCUAAAGUUAUUAAAUUGUAAUGCAUACAGCUGCUCCUUAUGGAAAUAGUUAAUAAUACAUAGCAUGAUAAAUUAGACAAACCUUUGUAAUGUUCCUUGAUUCUAAUCCUGCCAAGAAUCAUCAAGUUCCUCUUCUAUAACCAUUGGUUUUCUAACUUGCAUGAAUAAUAGUUUACUAUCGGUUUCUCCAAUGUUUGUAAUUGAAUACAGGUUGUUAUAGGGAAUUUGAAAUGAACAGCCACUAUUUGCUAAAAAGGUGGUUUUAUUUAUAGUAACCUGAUUCAAUCCCAGUAUCACGUGGAAUAUAAAUAAGCUUGAUCCGGUUAAUUUGGUUGAUUUUAAACCUUCGGGUGGUAUUUCAAUUACCCCAGUAGAACAAAAAUCUCGGUCGACAUCAAAAAGCUUGGUCACUUUGAUAUUUUCAUCGGUAUCUUGAACCUCUCCUCCAUCUAUAGUGUAUGCAAUGUUCUCCUCCUUGGGAUUACCGUUUUCAUCAUUGACGGACAUAGUCAAAUACUUAUCGUCAAACCAUUCAGCUCCAGGGACAUCCGCAUCAACCGAGUAUUCCUUGGGAGACCUAGUUUUAGGAGACUUGCUCUUGGGCUUGGGUUUCUUUCUUUGUUCCACAGGCGCUACUUCUGGCAUAUGUACUACUUCUUUUAUUUCUUGUAAGGGGAUUUUCCUGAUAUCUUGAACCAAGGUUGUGUCUCCAUCCACAUUG